GUAGUGUUUUCCAACAACUACUUUGCAAUAUUAUUAAAACAUUGUAGGCGCCAUGUUCCGUUAUGCAAGAUAUUGAGAAAAAUAAUACUAUAGUGGAGCGAGUUGGCCCCUAUGAGCUUAAGAAAACAAUUGGUGUUGGCUCGACGGGCCAAGUGAAACUUGGGGUUCACGCGAAAACUGGCUUCACCGUUGCUGUAAAAAUUAUAUCAAAGAAUUUGUUUAAGAAAAAACAGUCUUAUAUUUUUAAUAUCGAGCGUGAAAUCACGAUAAUGAAACUUAUCAAUCAUCCUCAUGUGCUUUCUUUGUUUGACGUCUACGAGAGUGAAGAAUACUUAAGAUAUAUAAUACUAGAGUACGUAAAAGGGGGAGAACUUUUUCGUUAUUUGGUUGAGCAAGGAAAACUUAAAGAGUCGGAAGCCUUGGAAUUUUUUAGGCAGAUCAUUAGCGCGCUUGAGUUCUGUCAUCAUCACUACAUCUGCCAUCGCGAUCUGAAGCCAGAAAAUUUGUUGUUGGAUUCCUACAAGAAAGUAAAAAUAGCUGAUUUUGGAAUGGCCAGUAUACAACUAAAUGAGGAAUUUUGCAGAACCAGUUGUGGGUCGCCCCACUACGCCAGUCCGGAAGUGAUCUCCGGUCAUCCCUACGACGGCCGACUGGCGGACGUAUGGAGUUGUGGUGUCAUUCUCUACGCCUUACUAACAGGGACUCUCCCUUUUGACGAGGAUAAUACUUCAAGUUUAUUAAAGAAAAUCAAAAUAGGCAUUUUUCAUAUUCCCCACCACGUGUCCUCAGCGGCUCAAGAUUUAAUCAAAAAGAUUCUAAUAGUUGAUCCGAAGAGACGCUACACUAUUGCUGAUAUCAAGCAACAUCCGUGGUUUUUAAAAACGGCGGCUUGAUGCAGCGCACACAACCAAGUCUCUUAAACUUUUCAAGAUCAAUAGUUCAUCACGAACUUGUGGAUCAAGAAGUCUUGCAGAGCAUUAUACAUCUGGGAAAGUUUACCAAAGAGGAUUUAAUUAAGAAGCUCUGCGAAGAAGGAGGCAAUGUGGAAAAAAUGUUGUAUUAUUUAUUACUGGAAAGAAAGUUGUUACGGCCGGCCAUUCUGGAUACCCACGUGGACUCGUCGCGGGACUCGCCUGUGAAUGUCCCGAGGAAGCGCUUGGACAGCAGCGUCAGUGCUCGCCAAUUUGAUACGCUUUUGCAGUAUCAGCGGAUGGUUUAUAGGCCAGACAAGAGUCGUUCCGUGACACCCGCAUUGGCUGCACUUCCCUCCUUAAAAAAAUAUAACUCCUUACCGUUGCGAAACUCUGCCCCUCUUUUUAUGAGAAUACCUUCUUCGCCACCUCUUCACAUUAUGAAAGCAAAGACCAGGUCUUCUUGGUUUGGCUCCUUGUUUGGUCUGGGCACUCAGAAGACUGUUAUUAACUUCGAAACUAAAAAGGAGCUUUUUACUUUACUCGAGGAAGUGCCCAAAAUUUUAGAGUUGAACCAUGUUCUGAACAGAAGAUCUAACUCUAAUGGAAACGUUUUUAAAUGCCAGCAUCACUAUUUCGGUUAUAAGAAAGUGAAAUUCAAAGUAAUAAUAAGGGAAAGCCUCUUUUCGAAAGGCUUCCGGCUACUUGUUUUUUCUUAUAUAUCCGGUAACGAGUAUUGGUUUCAUUCAUUGUAUGAAAGCAUUAUUAAAGGUGUUCAAAUAAUAUCUUAUGAGCCAUCUACUUAACUUUAAAAGAG